AUGGGAAAUCAAUCGGCUCGUCAACUAUCGACACAUCGAAAACACGUGGUUCACACGUGGCUCACCAUCAAUUCGCACGAUCCACAAUUAUUGAUUGAUGCGAUCAGUGAGGCUUGGCUGAAAUCGGCCGAAUUGACGCCGACGUGGGUUUGGGCACUGGUGGAUUUGCCCGAAACUCAACACGCCACCUAUCGACAAAAUGCACAGUUUUUGAAUAUUAUUGGACAGGUCAAGGAUUUUUUGAAUAUUUUGAUCAAGGUGAGUGGGAUUUGGGGAGGUUCGGGGACAAAAUUGAAUUUUAAAAAUUCAAAUUUUCGCGCACAAAAUUCAAGCGGAAAAUAAUUGAUGAAAUUUGAAAACUUGAAUUUUCGCGCAGAGAAAAUUUUUUUUGAAAAUUUUCAAAAAAAAAAUUCAGGGGUUCUAGAUCAGAAUUUCGUGCUGAAUGAAAAUCACGGAAAACCUGAUUUUCAGUGAUUUUGAGGUUUUCCAUGGUUUUCAGCACAAAAUUUUAGCCAGAAACUUUUUUUUCUAAAAAAUCGGAAUAUUUUCGAAUAAAAUUAUAUUCAGGAUAAAAACAGUUUUCUAGAUCAGAAUUUUGUGCUCAAAACCACGCAGCACAUUAUUUUUAUCAAUUUUGAAGUAUUUCAUGAUUUUCAGCGCAGCAUUUCAGCCAAUAACAUAUUUUUGCUUGAAAAAUCUGAAAAUUUCGAAAAACAGUCUUCUAGAUCAAAAUUUUGUGCUGAAAAUCAUGGAAAACCUCAUUUCCAAUGAAUUUGAGGUAUUUCAUGAUUUUCAGCGCAAAAUUCUGAUCUAGAAACAUUUUUUUCCUGAAAAAUCUGUAAAUAGUGUUCUAGAUCAGAAUUUCGUGCUGAAAAUCAUGUUUUCACUGAAAUCCUCUAUUUUUCCUCAAAAAUCCCAAUUUUCAGGUUCACAAAUGCGAUCCCGAAAUGAUAAAAACACUCUCAUUUCGUCUCGGCGCUCGACAUCGUCAUUAUAUGACUGAGGGACAGGAUAAUUGCUAUUGGGCACCUUUCGCACAACAAUUACCCAUUUGUAUGAGCAAAAUGUAUAUGAGAGUUGUCAAUGAGGAGGGAAAGUUUGUGCUAUUUUGGGGGGGGGGAUUUGGGAGUGGGAAAAAGCGAAAAUUUGAAAUUUUGAAAAAAAUUCUGUCUUGGCCGAGUUUCCGACAUUUCUUGGCCACCGCUCGAAAAUUCGGCCACAUAUUGUUUUUAUGAAAAGUUAAGCUAAAAAUCUCAGAAAAUUUCAAAUUUUUAACAUUAAAAAAUUUCUGAUUCAAACAUUUGAAGGUUUUUCGAAGUUCUUUUUAACAUGAGCAAUGUUCGUAAUUUUUUUUCAAUUUCGGAAUGAAAUUUGAACAUUUUAAAGUUAGCUAGAAAUUUCAAAUUUUCGAAAAAUGAAACGAUUUUGCUUCGAAAACUUCAAAGUUUAAUUUUAUUCUAAAUUUUCGGAAUUUCAGAAGUUUCUGAAAAUCUUGAAAAUUUAAAUUAAAAGAUUUAGCUAAAAAUCCACGUUGCAGAAAAUUUAAAAAAUGUUGAAACCUAGAAAUUUUGCAUCAGAAAUCCAAGAUUUUCGAAUUUCCACGUAACAAAAAACUCUAAAAUUCCGCCUUGCCACGUGGCAAAAUUUCAGCUCCCCCUCAACACUUUUUCCUUCCAGAAUCCGAAAAAUCCUGCGAAUCCGCUCACGUGCCUCCGAAAAAAGCGAAGAAGAAGAAGUUUGCGAAUCAUGGCGUCAAUUUUCGUGUAUGAUGAUUGAAUCGAUGAAACGUGGAUAUGAGGGAUGUGCCAGCGAGAAAACACCACUUCGGCUAAGUAUUACGAAGUGAGUGGGGGUGCUGAAAUUACUCAGAAUCGCUGAAAAUCACUAGUUUCAUCGGUUUCAGCACAAAACUUUAGUCUAGAACUUUGUUUUUUCAAAAUUUCAAAUCUGAGGAAUCUUUGCCACGUGGAUUCUGCAUCCUGAAAAGGGGUUUUAGAAUUUGAAAAUUUUAACUUGAAGCUCAAAAAUAGUGCCACGUGGAUCUUCAAAAUUUUAAGAAUUUGAAAAACAAUUUCCACGUGGAUUUUAAGAUUUAAAAAAAUCAAAUUUAAAAUUAACAAACUUUAAAUUAAGGUUUUGAUGAUAAAAAAUUGCCACGUGGAUUUUCAGCAGAAAAAAACUGACUCAAAAAAAUUUUAAGAAUUUCAAAAAAAAUCGCCACGUGGUUUUUAAGAUAAAAAAAAUCAAAUUUGAAAAUUAACAAACUUUAAAUUAAGUUUUUAAUGAAAAAAAAUGCCACGUGGAUUUUUGAGACCUGAAAAUCAUUCUGAAAUUUGAAAUAUUGGUCAUUUUGGAGCCAAGCUUUGAUUUCCACGUGGCAUUUCAGCUCAAAAAAAUCAGGUUUAAUAAUUUUUAAAUCUGAAUCAGGAUUAGAGUUUCGAAAAAAAAAUCGCCACGUGGUUUUCGAAAAAAAAAAUUACAUUCAGAAUUUCAUAAAACCUCUUGAAGUCUAGAAAAAUUCCACGUGGAUUUUUAGCGCUGAAAAUGUGUGUUUCCAGCUCAAUAAUCUCGAUGGCCUCAAUGCGCUCCACCCGUUCCCGCUCAGCUUCCCACUUCCUCGAACCCUCGCUGAGUCCAGCAAUCGGUUCGUCACCCACUCAAAAUCAUUUAUCACAUUCUUGUCGUAGUACACCACGUCGUUCGAUUCCACGUAGAUCACUUAGAUAGUUAUGACGUCAUUUUUUUGUUUUUUUUCAGCAUUUUUUGUUCAUGUAAACUCGUUGUGCUUUUAUUUUUAGUUGAUUUUUUUUCGGAAAAGAUUUGACCCGAUCCUGUUUUCAAAAUUAGCCUAACUCAAUGCGGAAGUGAGUUAUGACGUGGCAAAGUUUUGGUAACUCUGAUAUGAGCAAUGUUAUAAGUUCGGAUGGCCUAGAAACUCAAAAAUCAGCUUCCGGUGGCCUAGAAACCUUCCAGAUGGCCUAGAAACCCAAAAAUCUGCUUCUGGUGGCCUAGAAACCUACCCACAAACUUUGCCACGUCAUAACUCUCUUCAGAGUUGAGCUAACUAAUUUUUGACAACAGGAUAGUGUUCAGCGGGUCGAAAUCUACCAGAAAUCUGAAAAUUCAGCUCCGAUGUGUGCGAUAAUGACUUCGAAUAGUCUCGAUGUUUCUCCUGAAUCUCCAGUCGUCCCAUAUCGCAGAAGAAGUAUGUUCAAGAUGAAUCAAUGUCAAUCGAGAGGAAGUCAGGAUUUCACAGCGUUACGGUAGGCUUUUGCCACGUCAUAACUAACAUUCAAAAAAAAAAAGAAAGAAAAAAUUCCAGGAAUCGUCGAAUGUCUUCCCCAAAUAAUCCAUCAAUUCUGCUGAAUAAUUGCGAUAUUCAAUUGCUGAAACAGUUGGAUAUUUCAGAAGAGAAUCGGAGGAAAAAUCAGCAUCAGAAUCAUAUUUUGGGUGGCUCGGGAAGAGCCACGCAACAUCGACGAAGUAUAACACUUUUGAAUUUUGAUGCGCGAUCCAGGUCGCCGAGUUCUUGA